GCGUUUUAUCGUGCUCGGCUAGUCGCGUUUGUCGUCGAAACGUAAUUACUGACGAUUUUUCGACAUCGCGAACUUUAACAUUUAUCAUGUUAAUUCUAUAGAUGUUUACUUCCUUCUCGUCUCUCUGGAAGAUUGUCUGUCACAAGAAGUUCUUUAUUUGAGUGAUAUUUAAUGAAAAUAGUGUGCAAUGAUGAUUGUUUCAUAGUGUUGUUUAUCAACUUUUGGAUUUACGAUUAGCGAUAUUGUUUUUCGGUAGUUAUCGGGGAAAAUAAGUGCAAAGAUGCGCGGGCGCACGCCCCGCUGGCGCUGGUUGGUGGCCGGGGGCGGGGCGCUACUUGCUGUGGGCGCUCUCGGAGCGGCGCUGGCCUGGAGUCUCAUAUUCGACUCCAUACUAGCAUCCCAACUGGCUCUAACGCCGUCGUCCCGGUCAUACAAAGAGUGGGUAGCGCCGGCGGUGCCUUUGUACUUCGAGAUUUACUUAUUCAAUUGGACCAACGCAGCAGACUUCCCCGCUGAGAAGCCCAUCUUAGUAGAACUAGGCCCGUACCGGUUCCGCGAGCACCGGCGGCACGUGAACGUGACGUGGCACCACAACAACGACUCGCUGUCGUACCGCACGCUACGAAGCUGGCACUACGACCCCACCAGUAACGGCUCGCUCAACGACAACAUCACUACUCUCAAUGUCAUUGCCGCAUCAGCAGUGUUCCGGUCGCGGUUCUGGGGCUACUUCCAGCAGAAGGGCCUAUCUAUGGGUCUGGCGAUGUUCGGGCAGCGCGUGUCUGUGUCCAAGACGGCACGCGAGCUGCUGUUCGACGGGUAUGAAGACCCGUUGUUGGACCUGGCCAAGAGUCUUCCGGCGAGCACUACCGGAGGAGCACCGCCUGUCGACAGAUUCGGAUGGUUUUACGAGAGAAACAAUUCCUUGGACACUGACGGGUUUAUGGAGGUGACAAUAGGAAAUUCGUACGGGUCGUUGCCAGGUCAAAUUUUAAGGUGGAACCACGAGGACAGCCUCCCGUUCUAUGGGGGAAAAUGUUCCAGGCUGGAGGGCAGCGUGGGAGAGUUCCUACCUCGAGACUUAUCCGAGGAGUCGCGGUUGACGAUGUUCCUGCCGGACCUGUGCCGCACCGUCAACAUGGACUACCGCUCAAGCGGCCAGAUGUUGGGGCUGAACUACCACAAAUAUGAACUGUCAGAGGGCAGCUUCGAUAACUCAUCCUUAUCACUGAGCAACACAUGCUUCUGCGGCGGCGCGUGCGCGUGGGGCGGUGUGAUGAACGUGUCCGCGUGCCGGUUCGGGUCCCCCACCUUCGUGUCCUUGCCGCACUUCCUGCGUGCCGACCCUGCGCUGCGUGCCGGCGUCGAUGGCAUGAAGCCUGACCCUGAGAAGCACUCUUUCUACUUCGCUGUGGAGCCGAGACUAGGUAUCCCGGUGGAGGUGGCAGCCAGAUUCCAGAUCAACGUGUACUUGGAGCCAAGUCCAAACGUAGCAUUGUACGAGCACGUGCCACGUAUGCUGUUCCCCGUAUUCUGGGUGCAACAACGAGUAACAUUAGACUCAAAUACGGCACAAGAAUUAAGCGUAGUACGAGGCGCUCGCGACUGGGGCGCUACCGCGUGUGCGGCCGCAGCGUUGCUACUCGCCGCUGUGGCCGCGCUCGCCACAUGCUGCCCGCCGCACGUCAACAAGAAACUGCAUCGGUUGCACGACGACCUCAAGCAUUGCUGCCCAUCGCGGAUAGAGUUCAGCGAUGACCAAGACAAGAUCAAAGAGGAUGAGCUCAAAUUGAACCCUAUGUGAUUCUCGAUUAGGUACAUAAAAAGUUUCUGUCGACUAUAAUUCGACUGUCCACGACUUUUAUUUACAUUGAAGCAGAUUUCAGCAUUGCCCGUUUAAUGUCUGACCUAGGCCAAAUGCACCGGUUACCUGACUACUUUUUUUUUAAACUGCUGCUGGGAACGGCUGGAGUUUAAUGAAGUAAUUGAGGACAAGUUGAUUUUCAUGCCAAUGUGAUCAUUUACCACACGACAGGCCUAUUAAUCUGAGCUGCGAAGUUGUAAUACAAAGGAGAUCUUGAAAAAUCAAAGAAGACCAAUUCUGAUCGGUAAAUACUCUCAUCAUAACGUGACUUCUAGGUUGUUUAGUCGUCGAGUAUAUCGCUGAAUUAGAUAUUAGAAUGAUUUAAAUUUGAACUCGCUUCACAAUUUUAGGGUCAAGCUUAAAUAAUCUCGUAAGAUCAAAGAGAAACUUUUUACGGAGUUCUUGAUACAAUCGCUCACCCAAUAAAAUGAAUAUUAAAUAUUUC